AUGUCAUCGCAUAUUGCAUUCUCUAUGGCUGGCAUCUGUGCCAUUGGCGGAACUGCUGGAUAUAUAAAAGGCCGUUCAAUCCCAUCACUCGUUGCUGGACUAGGAUUUGGUGCCUUGAUGGCUGGUGCAGGAUAUUUGAUCAAGGAAAACAAGCCAUACGGAAUUGAGGUGGCUACUACGACUUCGGCAGUACUAAGUGCUGCCAUGACUCCUAGAGCAAUCAAAGGAAAACCUGUUCCUAUUGUUCUUGGUGUUCUUGGUCUUGGAACUGCUACAUACUAUGGAAACAAGUGGUAUCAACAAAUCAAUGGAGUAUGACUCAAUACUGCUGGUUGAAUGAUGACGCUUUUUACACAAA